UGGAACCAAAAAGAAUUGAGAAAGGCGCGCGAGCGCGAUGUGCUAUCAGCCCGUAAACCGGCGAACAGCCACGAAGCAAUCAGCGAGAAUCGAACCUCACGGCCGUCCCACCACCAUCUUCAUUCUCCACCACCCACACUCUGACGCUAAUCUCACAAUCCUUUCAUUUUCCUCACACUCGCCAUUUUGUUUUUCGACUUGCUACUCUCCAAUUUCUCUGUAAAUUUUAUACAUACAGUUGAUCUGCAUUGAUGCAGACAAUACGGGAAAUGGCGUUGGAAGUGUUGAUCGUGUUGUGAAACUUGGAUGUAUAUAAUUUUUUGGUUGCUAGUUUUGUUGCUUUAAUUUGACGUGGAUUGUUGUUUGGAAUGGAGUCGUUGAUCGAGCUGUGUGAUUUGAUUGCUGACAACCCUGUUCAAUUCGAAAAGAAAUUAGUAUGGAUAUGUGGCCGGUGUCCAUCGGCCGAGGCACUCCUGGUGGGAUCCCCGAGCGUUUCAAGGUAUCAGCUGCACGCCGUUCUCGCUCUGACUCGAUUCCUCUCUAGGUGCUCCAAUUGCGAGGACGAAAGGCCGAAAUCGCUGGUCAUAGCCUUCUUUCGCUCCAUUCCUUCUUCUUUUAAUCUGUCUUUUUGGCCACCAUCGUUUCGAGCCGAAGCAAUCGCUUCCUUCUAUAAUGAUUUCUUGGGGUAUCUCUCCAAAGCGUCGGAUAUAUCUUUGGAUUUCUCGACAGAUGUUGCGGCAUACACAGGGGUGGUACUCACGUCUGCUUUAGCCCAUUUGAAAGGAGAUUUGAAGAUAUCCAAGGCUUUCAUGAAUGCCAUGGCUCGUAAUUUUCCUCCUAUACUCCCCUCUGAUGCAAAUAAGUUGAUUUCCACUCUGAUUGAGAAGUUUGACAUCCCUGUUCCAACCUCUCCAAGAGAUGCAGCUAGUAAUGGGAGCAGUGGUGUUUGGAAGAGCAAUAUGGAUUUACUGGCUGCAAAUAUGGGUUACAAUGACGAUGGAGCCGGAGCCGGAGCCCAUAGGCAAGCCAUUACCGCUUUUGAGGAGGAGGCUGUAGAGAGCCUUGAGAAGCGAGAAAUGGCUUUCAAAUUAAUAGGACACAUAAUGGAUAGAGUAACAAUUGACGCCGCACUUUUGGAACAAGUGAGAGGUAUUGCCAGGGAUCAACUUCAUUCAAUGGUGUCAUUUCUAAAGAUUCGGAAAAGUGACUGGUCAGAUCAAGGGCAAUAUCUGAAAGUUAGGAUCAAUACAAAGCUUUCAGUUUACCAAGCAGCUUCAUGGUUACAGAUUAAGACACUUUCAUAUCUUGAUUCUGAUGCAAAGUCAUCAAAGAGGUUGUUGCAUGGAGCACUUGCACUAUUGGUUGAGGCUGCUGAAGCUUGUUUGUUAUCAAUGUGGCGAAAGUUGAGAGCUUGUGAAGAGCUGUUCAGCACCUUGCUUUUCGGAAUCUCCCAAGCUGCUGCUGCUCGAAGUGGUCAGCUACUCCGUGUGUUGUUAAUUCGGUUUAAACCUCUUGUGCUUGCUACAUGUGCUCGGGGUGACACUUGGAGCAGUAGCCAGGGGGCCAUGUUUGAGAGUGUACUGAAGACAAGCUGUGAGAUAAUUGAACUUGGAUGGCAAAAGGAUCGGUCUCCUAUUGAAACUUUCAUAAUGGGUCUAGCUACGAGUAUACGGGAAAGGAACGAUUAUGGGGAAGAGCAAGAGAAGGAGAAGCAGGAAGCUCCUGCUGUUCAGCUCAAUGUUAUACAGUUGCUAGCUGAUCUGAAUGUCUCAGUUAACAAGCCUGAAGUGGUAGACAUGAUUUUGCCAAUGUUCGUUGAAAGUUUAGAGGAGGGCGACGCUUCAUUGCCAGGCUUACUAAGGCUCAGACUUCUUGAUGCUGUUUCUCGCAUGGCAAGUUUAGGUUUUGAAAAAUCCUACCGCGAAGCCAUUGUUUUAAUGACACGCAGCUAUAUGAGUAAACUUGCUUCUAUUGACUCUGCUGAAAGUAAAGACUUGCCUGAAGAAGCCACUACAGAGCGUGUUGAAACACUUCCUGCAGGAUUUCUUCAGAUUGCCAGUGGGCUCACCAACCCCAAAUUGCGCUUAGAUUAUCGUCACCGUUUGCUAUCAUUGUGCUCAGAUGUGGGCUUGGCUGCUGAGUCAAAAAGUGGAAGGAGUGGAGCAGGUUUGCUUGGGCCUUUACUUCCUGCUGUAGCUGAGAUAUGUUCUGACUUUGAUCCCACUUCAGAUAUUGAACCCUCAUUGCUGAAGUUGUUUAGAAACUUGUGGUUCUACAUUGCACUCUUUGGGUUAGCUCCUCCAGUAACAAAAUAUCAGGGUACAACAAAGUCUGCACCCACUGCUCAAAACAAUGUUGGCAAUACAGCAGCGACUGCACCUCAAGAAGUGGGCGGGACAAAUGCGAAUGCUCAGUGGUCUGCUGCUGUCAAGUGCAUUUCACACGGGACUCCCCCUCUUGUUGUGAGCUCCGUGAAAUGGCUUGAAGAUGAGUUGGAACUCAAUGCUCUUCAUAACCCAAGUAGCCGAAGAGGAAGUGGAAAUGAGAAAGCUGCUCUUAGUCAGCGGACUGCUCUUUCUGCCGCAUUAGGAGGACGUGUAGAUGUUUCAGCAAUGAGCACAAUUUCAGGUGUGAAGGCGACUUAUCUUCUUGCAGUAGCAUUCUUAGAGAUAAUAAGAUUUAUUAGCAAUGGUGGAAUCCUCAAUGUGCACCCUAGUUCAACUGCUUCUCGAAGUUCUUUCAGCUGUGUUUUUGAAUAUUUGAAAAGUCCUAAUCUUGUGCCAGCUGUUUCCCAGUGCUUGACAGCAAUUGUUCACAGAGCUUUUGAAACUGCAUUAAGCUGGCUGGAAGAUCAAACAUCUGACUCUGGGCGGGCUUCUGAAACUCGAGAAACUACUCUAUCUAUCCAUGCCUGCUUUCUCAUAAAAAACUUGACUCAGAGGGAUGAACAUGUACGAGAUAUCUCAGUUAAUUUGUUGAAUCAAUUUAGAGACCGGUUCCCUCAGGUUCAAUCCCAUCACUACCAUUUUAGGUUAUGUUUUGCACUUUGUAUUUCCUUCAGGUGCUCAGUAUUUCCCCACAAAUGUUUUAUAUUUGUGCAGAUUUUGUGGAACUCUUCUUGUCUGGAUUCACUGCUGCUCUCUGUUCAGAAUGAUCCUUCUUCAGCUCUUGUCAAUGAUCCUGCUUGGGUUGCAACUGUUCGUUCUUUGUGCCAAAAGACUGUUCGUGAAUGGAUAAUUGUUUCUCUAUCCUAUGCUCCAUGCACUAGUCAGGGCCUUCUUCAGGAGAGGCUCUGCAUAGCAAACACCUUGCAAAAAGCACAACCUACUACAGAUGUUGUUUCUCUUUUAUCUGAGAUCAAGAUUGGUACAGGUAAAAAUGAUAAUUGGUCUGGCACAAAAACUGCAAAUAUUCCUGCUGUGAUAGCUGCAGCAGCUGCAGCAUCUGGAGCCAAUUUAAAAUUGACUGAGGCAUUCAAUUUGGAGGUACUAAGUACUGGUAUUGUUAGUGCAAAUGUGAAGUGUAACCAUGCUGGAGAAAUUGCAGGCAUGAGACGUUUAUAUGAAACAAUUGGUGGGGUUGAUCCUAUGUCCGCUUUUGGAAAUGGACAGAGUCUUGAUCUACCAGGCUAUGGACCUGGAGCUCUCACUCAGAAUCCACAGUCCAAAAAUGGUUCUUUUUGUGAAGUACUGCUUACAAGAUUUGUGCGUUUACUCCAGAAAUUUGUUAACACAGCAGAGAAAGGUGAUGAGGUAGAUAAAUCAUCAUUUCGAGAAACAUGUUCUCAAGCUACCGCUUUGCUUCUUUCAUAUCUGGGAUCAGAUGCAAAAUCAAAUAUUGAGAGCUUUUCACAGCUUUUACGUCUUCUUUGCUGGUGCCCAGCUUAUAUCUUAACACCUGAUGCCAUGGAAACUGGUAUAUUUAUUUGGACAUGGUUGGUUUCAGCAGCUCCUCAGUUUGGUCCUAUUAUCCUUGCUGAAUUGGUUGAUGCAUGGUUGUGGACGGUUGACACUAGACGAGGUCUUUUUGCAUCUGAAGCACGGUAUUCUGGUCCUGCUGCUAAAUUAAGGCCUCAUUUGCAACCUGGGGAGCCAGAAUUACUGCCUGGAAAUGGCCAUGUUGAUCAAAUAAUGGCCCACAGACUAUGGAUUGGAUUUUUUAUUGACCGCUUUGAGGUGGUUCGCCAAGAUAGUGUUGAGCAGCUUUUACUACUAGGUCGAUUGUUACAAGGAUCCACGAAGCUCCCCUGGAACUUUACUCAUCAUCCAUGUGCAACCGGGACGUUUUUCACUCUCAUGCUUUUAGGGCUAAAGUUUUGCUCUUGUAAAUCCCAGGGUAGUUCACAGAACUUCAGGACUGGGCUUCAGCUACUGGAAGACAGGAUUUACAGGUCCGCAUUGGGCUGGUUUUCUCAUAAACCUGAUUGGUUUGACAUGAGUAAUAACAAUUUUGCAUUGAGUGAGGCUCAAUCUGUUUCUGUGUUCGUCCAUCAUCUUUUAAAUGAGCCAUUGGAUACUCAGCUUGAUACAAAGGGACAGGUUCCUGAAAAUGGAAGCUCUAAUGAUGCGAAAGAUCAGUAUCACCCAGUUUGGGGUAAGAUUGAGAAUUAUGCGGCUGGAAAAGAAAAGCGGAAGCAGUUGCUUUUGAUGCUAUCCCAGCAUGAAGCUGAUAGGCUUGAAGUUUGGGCACAUCCUGUUGCCAAGGAAAGUGCUUUGCGGCCUAAAAUUAGCUCAGAGAAAAUGGUUGACUAUGCUAAGACUGCUUUCGCUGUUGAUCCUCGGAUAGCUUUAGCACUUGCUUCAAGGUUUCCCACAAAUAAUGCUCUGAAAGGGGAAGUGACCCAGUUGGUUCAGUCACACAUAUUGGAGAUUCGUAACAUACCUGAAGCUUUGCCAUACUUUGUCACCCCUAAAGCCAUUGAUGAAAAUUCUUCACUUUUGCAACAAUUGCCACACUGGGCUGCUGCUUCAAUCACAAUGGUUUUGGAUUUCCUUACACCCCCAUAUAAGGGUCAUCCUCGUGUGAUGGCUUACGUUCUAAGGGUGCUGGAAUCGUAUCCUCCUGAUUCGGUGACCUUCUUCAUGCCUCAACUGGUGCAGGCUUUAAGAUAUGAUGAUGAGAAGUUAGUGCAAGGAUACCUACUCAGAGCCACCACACGGAGUGAUGUAUUUGCUCAUAUUCUGAUAUGGAUGUUACAGGGAGAGACCUGUGAACCAGAGGCCGGAGUCGAAUUAAGCCCAGAGGCUGCUGCAAAGAAUGCUGCAUUUCUGGAACUGUUGCCUGAGGUUAGGCAGCAAAUAAUUGAUGGUUUCAAUGACAGCGCUCGAGAGGUGUUUACAAGAGAAUUUAAUUUCUUUGACAAGGUCACAUCUAUAUCUGGUGUUCUCUUUCCAAUUCCAAAGGAGGAGCGACGAGCUGGAAUUCGUAGGGAGUUGGAGAAAAUUGAGAUGGACGGAGAUGACCUUUAUCUACCUACUGAUCCCCUUAAACUUGUCCGGGGUAUUCAAGUUGAUAGUGGAAUUCCCUUACAAUCAGCAGCAAAGGUUCCUAUCAUGAUAACAUUUAAUGUUGUGGAUAAAGACGGGGAUCAUAAUGAUAUAAAGCCACAGGCAUGCAUAUUCAAGGUUGGAGAUGACUGUCGGCAAGAUGUUCUUGCUUUACAAGUCAUUUCACUUCUCAAGGAUAUCUUUGCUGCUGUUGGGCUAAAACUUUAUUUGUAUCCAUACGGAGUUCUCCCAACUGGUCCAGAAAGAGGAAUAAUUGAGGUUGUGCCCAACUCGAGGAGCAGAAGUCAAAUGGGUGAGACAAAUGAUGGCGGUUUAUAUGAAAUUUUCCAACAGGACUUUGGGCCUGUUGGGUCUCCCGGCUUUGAAACUGCUCGUAUGAACUUCAUCAUUAGUAGUGCUGGAUAUGCAGUUGCUAGCCUGUUGCUUCAACCAAAGGAUAGACAUAACGGGAACCUUCUAUUUGACAGUGUUGGUAGGCUUGUUCACAUUGAUUUUGGUUUUAUUCUGGAGACUUCUCCGGGCAAUAAUAUGCGAUUUGAAAGUGCUCACUUCAAGCUAAGUCAUGAAAUGACUCAACUAGUCGACCCAUCUGGAGUGAUGAAAAGUGAGACCUGGUACCAAUUUGUGAGCUUGUGUGUGAAAGGCUACCUGGCUGCUCGUUCUUACACGGAUGGAAUUACUAACACGGUAUUGAUGAUGUUGGAUAGUGGGUUGCCUUGUUUUAGCAGGGGUGACCCCAUUGGUAACCUCCGCAAGAGAUUUCACCCAGAAAUGAGUGAACGAGAGGCAGCCAACUUCAUGAUCCGUACAUGCCAAGAUGCCUACAACAAGUGGACCACUGCUGGAUAUGAUUUGAUUCAGUAUUUGCAGCAGGGUGUAGAAAAAUGAGCUCACCUGCUUCAGGAACCCACCCUCACUUCAUCCUAUCAUUUUCCUAUAUAUAUGUUUUUGCAGUUUGGUGAUAAUUAGAGUUUAGCAUUAUUCAAUUUAGCACAGAAUGAAUGAAGAAUUGUUCAAUCAGUUGGUGAAGUGCAGAAACAAGCUAAGGUGGUUGGCGUUGGGUAUAUAUGGAGAAGUGUCUAUAGAACAGUAGUAAUGAAGUUAAGUUGUAUAUGGUGAAUCACGACGACAGCUCCCGCGUCAUGCUGAGGAGGAUGGAGUACGCUAUCUCUAUUAUAUUUUCACACAAAUUGUUUCCAAGCUUUAUAAGAUUGUCAUCAUCAAUGAAAAAUAAAAGCUAAAAUGAUGAUUUUAG